GCUACACCUUCCAACCUCUGUUCCUCCUCCAGGGAGUAGUCUUCUUGCCUCUGCUCUUUGCUGUUGGCCCAUCUAGGCCCAGAACCAUCUGUCUCCUUCUCCCCUCUGCUCCAGAUGGCAGCACACGCCAAAGAAGAUGAGUCAAGGACCUACCCUCCUCUCCUGUGGAAUUAUGGAAAAUGACAGAUGGCGAGACCUGGAUAGAAAAUGCCCUCUUCAGAUUGACCAGCCGAGCGCCAGCAUCUGGGAAUGUCUGCCUGAAAAGUGUCAGGAUGGCUCCCUGUGGCACCAGGAGGCGGUGACUGCCUGUGCAGUGACCAGCCUAAUCAAAGACCUCAGCAUAAGCGACCAGAACGGGAACCCCUCAGCUCCUCCCAGCAAACGCCAAUGCCGGUCACUAUCCUUCUCUGAUGAGAUGACCAGUUGCCGGACGUCAUGGCGGCCCUUGGGGUCCAAAGUCUGGACUCCUGUGGAGAAGAGAAGAUGCUACAGUGGGGGCAGCGUCCAGCGCUACUCCAAUGGUGUCAGCCCCAUGCAGCGGAGCUCUAGCUUCAGCCUCCCUGCCCGGGCCAAUGGGCUCUCCUCACCUUGCCACCAGUCAAGCCUGCACCACCGAUUUGGGGGACAGCCCUGCCAAGGAGCACCAGGCUCAGCCCCCUCUGGACAGGCGGGAGAUGCCUGGAGCCCAGACCCACACCCUGUGGGAGGGGGCCGACUGGACCUGCAGCGGUCCCUCUCUUGCUCACACGAGCAGUUUUCCUUCCCAGAAUACUGUCCUCCCUCAGCCAACAGCACACCUGCCUCAACGCCAGAGCUGGCAAGACGCUCCAGUGGGCUUGCUCGCAGCCGCUCCCAGCCGUGUGUCCUUAAUGACAAGAAGAUCGGUGUGAAACGGCGGCGUCCGGACGAAGUGCAGGAGCAAAGACCUUCUCUAGACCUUGCCAAGAUGGCACAGAACUGUCAGACCUUCAGCAGCCUCAGUUGCCUGAGCAUGGGGGUAGAAGACCACAGCUCCCAGAGCCCGUUUGCCCUUGUCAGCAGUACCAGAUCCUGGACCGCAUUGCUCUCAGCCUCCAGCCCAGGGGGCAGAACCCCUGCUGGGACCCCAGUUCCUGAGUCUGUUCCCCACUCCUUUGAUGACCACUUCACCUGCCAGGAGGACCUCUCCUGUGAGGAGUCAGAUGGCUGCAGUCUAGACGAGGAUUGCUGCAGGAAAGGGGAGCCGGCCACAACCUGGCGGGACCGUGGAGCCUGCACGAACAGCCUCUGCUCUCUGGACGGCGAGCUGGACAUUGAGCAGAUAGAGAACAACUGAGGAGGGGCUGAGGGGUCAGGGCUGGGGGGGGGGGAGGCUUGGCAAUGGAUGGGCCUUCCUCCAGGCAGGCCUUAGGUGGCCACUCCAAGGGGAUCCUGGCUCCUGGGUCCGGCAAAAGCUCCCAGAAAGGAGCCCGCCCACUUCCCAGGGAAGAGCCAUCACCCUGCAGUGCCCAAAUCUGUGAAGGCAACCUAGCCACACCUCACAGGCAACAACUGGCCUCCCACCAGUUCCAUGGAACUACUGUAGCCCAAGAACAGGAUUCUGGUUUGGUCUCCUCCUCUUUGUUUCUUAUGGAGUGCUGGGUAGCCAUUCUCCAGUAAGGCUGGGCCAGCUGCAUCCCUCAAGUAGGGUGCCAGGGGCCUGAUCCCCCAUGGCCUCGCUCAGGUUCCUUCUGGGGAGUUACCCAAAGCCUCAUUUAUUUAGUUUACUCCGUGCCUUCUCUCCCAGGUCUCCCUGCCCCAGGCUUGGGAAGGUUCGGGAGACACCUCUUGUGUGACAGCAGACCGUGUGGCCUUAAUCCAUUUGGGGCACUGGCAGGGAUUCUGGGAUAAUCCAUGUCCCAUUUUUCGGGACCAGGGGAAAGGUCAGGGCUGACCAGAGGCCAUCCAUACUGGGUAGGAAUUUGGUGGUUGUGUUGACUGAAAGAUGGGCUCAUCAGUUCUCCCAUGGCACCAAGAAUCACCCACACCCCUGCCACCUCAGGGGCUACCUUCGGCAGCCUUCCUACUGUCCCCAGUCCCUGGGGGCUGAGCUCAGUGGAGUCAGCUGAGUAGAGAGAUGUCAGUGACAAGAUGACCUCUUCAUAGUGUCCUCAGGAACUACAGGCAGGUGUAGGAGUCUCAGCCCUGUGUACAUUCCUGGGCAGAGGGAUGUCUGCUGUCUGGCCACUUUGCAGGCUCCCCUCUGUAGCAGCCUGUGGUGGGGGCCUGCAAACCUCCGAAGCAUUCAUUCCCUGUACACUGUUGCUUGUUCACUGACACUGCUGGCUUUAAUGAAAACAUACCGCCGUCUUCAAGACAGCCCCCUCCCAGUCUACUGAUGUGAGCCUAGCCCUAAGGUUCUUCUCUGCAGGCCCAGUCAUAGCAUGGCUUGAAUCACACUCCCCCUCGCAGCUCCCCACUCCCAGCAUAAUUCCCAGAGGGCAUCCAUUCAGGCAGCUCUUCCCCCCAGUCUUCCCUGCAGACAUGCUACAGGCUCUGCACUCUGGGACUCUGGCUUUUAGCAAACUUGGCAUCUUCUGCAGACAAUAGCAAGUGGGCCGGCUUACACAAGUGGCUUGUUUUCCCAUAAGGCUAAAAAUAACUGGUGCAUUCUCUUGAUUUCUCAGACGUGUGAUCUAGGCACUUUGUAGUUACUCUGCUGCGCCUACCCAUGGUUCCAAGGUUGAGCCCAAAUGGUUGUUACCUUUCUCUUAAAGAAAGACCUGGAUGGGAACCUUUUGUUUAAACUUUUGAUUUGUCAGUUCACCAGAAGGACAAAGGCUCAAGUUCUGCUGUAUAGGCAAUGUUUCUUUAAAAUCAGACCCAAAGGUACAAGAAGCCCCACUCCUAUAGCCCGUUGGGCAGCAUGAUGGGUGCAUGUGGUGGCAGUGGGGGACCAGCUAGCCUCCGGGGCACUGGAAAGCCAAAGUAGAAAGCUGUCGAAGGCGCGACAUGGGAGCCCUGCCUGGUGGGUCAUGGAGGAAGGUAGUUGAGAGGGCGUGGGAUGCACACACCAGGGCUGUGUCUCUCAGGCCAUAGCGAGAGGUCCUGGCAUUUGGAGUAGAUUCACGGUCCCUAAAGCCACCCCUCCUGAGGAAGACAGAGGCUGGGUCUUGGCCCCUGGUCUGCCUCACACAGUCUGCUAAGCACAGUUAAGCAUAGCACAGUUGCCAGCUGCCUCCUGUGAACUGGGACCAGAAGCUCUGGUGGCAGGUGUGUGUCUUAAGGCUUUUUGUGUGGAUGACUUGUCCUUUUAGACUAUCUCCCGUAAGCCUGGUGGCUUAAGGACAAACAGGAACUCACUGAAUGACAGCUUCAUCCUUCCUUCCUGUCUCUAGGGCACUGUUCCCUGAGCAGAAAUGCUUCAAACCUGAGGUAGGAGUUGGCCCUUUGCAGCUUCCUCAGGCAGUUCUUGAUUGUCUCUGUACCCCCAAGGCCUCAGUCCAAGCCCCCAGAAAAAGCAGCCAGAGAAGAGGGCAGUAGCUUUUCUGCUUAAAGGAAGAGUUGUCGUCAUUUGCUUCCUGGUGUUCUCAUCGAGCAAAGCAGGGCUCGUGUAGGAGGUACCCAUUCAUCUUGCAGCAGUUAUCCAGACAGACCCAUCCACCCGCCCCACUCACUGGCCCAAGACCUCUGUUCUUGGAUCUCUUGGAGGAAGGUUUACCUGGGAGGUUCCCUCUGGCUCCUAUGUACUUGGCACCACGGGCAGCAGGCAGCCUGGCUCACCCCACAGCACGGUGGCUUCAGCGAUUGCCAGCCUCGGCGCAGGCAACAGCAGAAGCCUCGUGCUCCUCAGCCUGCCUGGGAGUGCCAUUUCCCUGGAGAAGCAGAGGUGUGCUUGGCCUCCCGCUUGCCUAGGGGGAGGUGUGAGUAGAGGUCUAGAGCAAGGCGUGACUCCACCAAAGCCAACAGGGAAAGUGGGCCUUCUAGCAUAUUGCAUCCUACCCUAGAAGCCAGUGACAGGAGUUGCUCUCUGCGGGGUACCUGACCUGAGUUCAGGGUAGCGGCCCAGACAGUUUACACGACUGCCCCACUCUUGCCUUACUCAUGGGUGGUGAUGGUAGAACCUGGCCAGCACCCCCGGGCUCCCCCAUGUUCAGGUCCAAGAAACUUGUUCUGCCCACACAGGCAGAUGUACAUGCUCAGAAAGCCUUACUUUAAUUUUUUUUUUUUUUUUUUUUUUUUUUUUUUGUAGCAGGAAAAGUUUUUUAAGAUUUGUAUGCAGAAAGAAAAAUAAAAGAAAGGUCCACAUUAAACAGGAAAUGCCCCCUCCCGGUUUUUAGAUGGGUCUCCUCUGCAGACUGUUGGGCAUGUUUUCAUGCUCAUACAGGCAAGGUUCACAGCAGUUAGAACUCAGCCCUGGAUCCUGUACCCCAUUCCCACUGAUGUGGUUAAAGUUACUUGAAUGAUGGCCACUAAAAUGUAAGCCAGGUACCAGGGCUCAGGGACGCUCUGCCCCUGCAGCAAAUGAGGCUGCCUCUUGCCAAUGUCUAUGCUGCUGGUCAGACCUCUCCCCCGGUGCCAGGCCCCUUGAGGAGGAAGAGAAAGAUAUUUUAAAGUUGCAGACUGAUGGAGCUCCUGUAGCCUAAGUAGGAUAGCCUGACCUCCUGGCAUAGUCUCAUUGGCAAACAGAUCGCAUUGUCAGUGCUGGGGGACGCCCAGGGGUCGGGGACAGACGGGCCCACAGGCCAUGCUAGGGCCACAUGUGCCGUCCCAGCCAGGCAGCAGCGGUGGUACUGUUUCAGGCAGUGUGAUAACUGGUGUGGUGGGUCAGGCCCCCGCCAGGGCGGCAGUUCGUGGGCUGCCCACGUUGGGUCCUUUCAGUAGCACCACGUACCGCUGCCUGCCCUCCCCCACAGGCCAUGACUGUCUUGCACUACAGCCGCUCUAGUCUCAGGAAUUUGCUUGUUACUUUUACUGUGUAAAUAAAGCUUCCUGGUUCAA